AUGUUGACUCCCGCCGCAACAACAGCAACGCGCUUCGGCGUCCUAGGCACUCGUAGCCUAAAACUCCAGGUCGCAUUUCCGAGAGGGGCAACCUGCCAAUACUCCUCUCUAUCCUCCAUAGCAGCACAACGACCAUGCACCAAGUCGAUCCCAUCGAUUAAGAACAACCAAAUCACCAGAAAACCUGCUCGCGUGCAGUGCCAAUUUACCACCACACGACGAAAUGCUUCCACGACAGCCCCCGGCACGGCUCCGUCCUCCGCAGAAUCUUCCACCCCCACUCUCGACUGGAACUCAUUCUUCACUCUGCGCAAGACGCGACGGCGGUUCCAACUCGUCAGCAGUUUAAUCACAAUGACAACCGGAGGUACAGCAGGUGCUAUGCUACUCGUGAGCGUGGACAUGGAUUGGCUCUUGACAAAAGUUCCAAUGGAUCCCAUCUUCGCCUUGGGAAUAAUGACCUUGAGUUUCGCGGGUCUAGGCUGGCUAGCCGGACCAAGUUUGGGUUCAGCGUUAUUCUACAUAUUCAAGCGAGGCGUUAAGCAGCCGAUGGCCAUCAAGGAGUCGGAGUUCUUUGCGCGCAUCAAGAAGAACAGAGUAGAUCCAAGUAACAGUUCGUUGAGUGGGAAUGCUGUCCCCGAUUUCUACGGCGAGAAGAUUUCAAGUGUCGCAGGUUACAGACAAUGGUUGAAGGACCAAAGGGCAUUCAACAAGAAGCGAACAAGUUUCGUCUGA